CAAUGUCUUUCAACCUGAAAUUGUCACGCAUAAUCAGUGUCGUUGCUGGGGUUGGUGGCGCCUGGGAUGGCCAAGCUUAUCCUCACUCCCCUUCAACAUAAAUACUCUGCACUUGGCCGAAAUCGCCUCUCCUCAAUAUAAAGGAAUAAAAAGCUGCACGGGUUGAUCGCCGCCACCCCCCCCCCCCACACCCACACACUUUCCUAUGCCACUGUGCAUAAUGAAUUCGCUACUAGAAACAUGGGACUGAUAGGAACAUUCACAUUGUAGGUUUGAAACUGUUGAGGAUGUUAAUAUAAUUGAAAUAUAUUUGUUAACAUUAAUUUUAAAUACUUUACAUAAACUUAGCUUUUGUUCGUGUGAUUCCUUCUUUCUGUCUGGGAGUGUGGCGAAAUAUUCGGAUGGCUAACUGACCCACUUAACGUCAACCUAUCUAGCUUAAACUUGGUAAAUAGGCUCGUUGCCGAUGCUAACCCGUUGUAUCAAAUUUUCAGGCCCACCCAGGCAAUUUUCCUGUUUUUAAUAGGAAGAUAAAGGAAAUAUCAGCCACUAAUGUCGCGAAAUAAAAGUGCCGAUAACUGCGGAGAUUUUUAAAAAUAUUGCAAGUACGUUUGGUGCGUAAUAUUUUCUAAUUUUUCUGAAAGAUUUAGUUUAAUAAAUAUGCCAUGUAAAAGCAGGUGAGACUAACAAAAAUUCAUAUAAUAUUUUAAAAAUAAUAAAAAAUGCGUAUGAAGAAUUUAUAAUAAAACUUUCUGUUUAGGGAGUUGUUUAAUUACUGAACAUUUUAACUAAAGUAGUAAUGAAUAAAACACACUUACUAGAUACUGAGACAUUAACAGGCUUGGAUCAAAAGUUGAAAUGUCAUGGAUGUCAGGUGACAUCGUUGAUUGUGUACCAUUGUCAUAUCUCCAGGAGGGUUUGCCCGCAGUGAGGGCUUGUUCUUCCUUCAGUACCAGGAGCGGUUCCAAUCAGGUGCACAGCUGACAGCCUGGCCCAGUUCUUUGAUGUCUACAUUAAACUUUUUCAUGGGUCAGUUUUUAUUUCAUGCAUUAUUAGUAUGGUCAAUAUAAAUCAUUAGUAAGGCAGUUAGAUCUUACUAGUGUGGUCAGAAGAUAUAAAUAUUGUGGUCAAUGUAUAUCAUAAGAGUUUUCUUUAUAUAUAAAUAAUGUGGUCAGUACAAAUCAUUAGUGUAGUCAGUAUCAUAUAUGAUUAGGGUGGUCAGUAAAAUAAAGAAUCAGUGUGGUAAGUAAACUAUAGCAAAGGUGUUGUCAGUAAAAUAUAACUUUAGUGUUAUCAGUACAGAUCAUUAGUGAAGUCAUUAUAUAUGAUUAGUGUGGUCAGUAAAAUAUAGCAUUAGAGUGGUCAGUAAAAUAUAGCAUAUCGUGAUCAGUAAAAUAUAGCAUUAGUGUGGUCAGUACAGAUCAUUAGUGGAGUCAUGAUUAGUGUGGUCAGUAAAAUAUAGCAUUAGUAUGGUCAGUAAAAUAUAGCAUUAGUGUGGUCAGUACUGAUCAUUAGUGGAGUCAGUAUAUAUGAUUAGUGUGGUCAGUACAAUAUAGCAUUAGUGUGGUCAGUACAAUAUAGCAUUAGUGUGGUCAGUAAAAUAUAGCAUUAGUGUGAUCAGUAAAAUAUAGCAUUAGUGUAGUCAAUACUGAUCAUUAGUGUAGUCAGUGUAUAUGAUUAGUGUGGUCAGUAAAAUAUAGCAAUAGUGUGGACGAUAGCAUGAGCGAUAUAUCAAUCAUUUAUGAAUUACUGAUGUCAUAUUUACUAUGUCAUAAUUACUAUGUCAUAUUUACUAUGUCAUAAUUACUCUUAACUCAUGUACAGCAGUAUACGUUUAAUUGGUUUAAUUGAAUUUAUCAGUAAUAUUCCAAUUUAAAUACUAUCUUAUCUAUUUUUUAUGUUAUCAGCGUAGUGAAGCGUAGUGAAGCGUAGUGAAGCGUCAAAAGAAAUGACAUACAAUGACGGAAAUUUGUAAAAGUAAUAAACAUACAAUGACAGACAUUUGUAGGAUAACUCAAAUAUUCAUUUCUAUCUAAAUAAAGGUCCCAUUUGUGGCGCGAUAAUAAAUCGCUACAGUGUGAGAACCGCUCUGAUUCUAGCCACCAUCUUGACGUCUGCUGGCUUUAUACUUAACGGCUUUGCACCGAAUGUUUAUUUUUUGUUUUUCUCCACUACUCUUGUGGGCGGUAAGUUAAUGGAACAAUCUAGACGUUAACACCAUUAGAUAAGUUAGUUCAGUUAUUGAUUUAUUUUUGUUAUUCACGGAAUAUCUGAAGAAAGGUCUUUGCUAACAGUUCCGUUGUAUUUCCCUUACCCUGUGAAACUCAUUUCAGUAGAAAAAUCUAAAAAGACUAAAACAAUGAUAUUAUCCCAUUAGCGAAAAAGAUUUUCUUGUAGGGAAAUUCUAAAGUUUUGAUGACAUAAACAAAUCUUUUUUUAACUGGAUUUAACCACCAAAAAAAAAAAAAUGAAAAAUUUAUUUCAUAUAUUAUCAGCAUAUAAUGCUAUUGAUCACUUAUCAGAUUAAAACUAUUUGAACUCAGCAAAGCAACAAGUUUAUCCAUGUAGUCAUCACUCUUUUAUAAUAAUGUGCCACGGUGGAGGAUUAAAAAAACAACAACAUUUGUGGCGGAAGUAAGUUCCAAAAUGAAAAGAAAUUUUUUAAUGUAUUAUAUUUGUUUUGACAGCAAGGUCAAUACUUGACAUGUUUAUUUAAGGCAACGAGUUCAUUCAUUUUAGCGGGGCAAUUCCUAGCAAUAUUAAAAAAAUAAUCAUUUCACUCUAAAUUUGUUUAAUUGACUGUUUUCUGUUUUAACCAUUGCUCAGGCUUAGGUCGGGGUUUGAUGUCCACUGUUUUACUUAUAAACCUGUACUUUGACAAGCACAGGAGCGUGGCCCAGGGGCUGUCUUCUGCUGGUGUGGGUUUAGGAGCCUUCGCCAUUGUCCCAUUGGUCCAGGUUCUUUUUGAGAUAUAUGGUUUCACUGUAAGAUCUUUAGUUAUACAUAAACUGUUUCAUUUCUUACACAUGUAUUUAUUUCGUUGUAAAAAAAGAACUAAAAAAGUAUAAAUUUAACCCCGAUUAAAAAGUAUAAUUACCAAAUAACUUCCAAGAAUGUAAGGCUAUAAAUGCUAUAAUGCUAUACAUGCUAUACAUAUUUACAUGCUAUACAUGUUUUACAUGCUAUAGAUGCUAAAAAUUUUUUACAUGCUAUACAUGUUUUACAUGCUAUACAUGUUUUACAUGCUAUACAUGCUAUACAUGCUAUACAUGUUUUACAUGCUAUACAUGCUAUACAUGCUAUAUAUGUUAUAUAUGCUAUACAUGCUAUACAUGCUACAUAUGUUAUAUAUGCUAUACAUGCUAUACAUGUUUUACAUGUUUUACAUGCUAUACAUGUUUUACAUGCUAUACAUGCUAUACAUGUUUUACAUGCUAUACCUGCUAUACAUGUUUUACAUGCUAUUCAUGCUAUACAUGCUAUACAUGCUAUACAUGGUAUACAUGUUUUACAUGCUAUACAUGCUAUACAUGCUUUACAUGCUAUACAUGCUAUACAUGCUAUACAUGCUAUACAUGUUUUACAUGCUAUACAUGCUAAACAUGCUUUACAUGCUAUACAUGCUAUACAAGUUUUACAUGCUAUACAUGUUUUUCAUGCUAUACACGCUAUACAUGCUAUACAUGUUUUACAUGCUAUACAUGUUUUACAUGCUAUACAUGUUUUACAUGCUAUACAUGCUAUACAUGUUUUACAUGCUAUACAUGCUAUACAUGCUAUACAUGUUUUACAUGCUAUACAGGCUAUACAUGCUAUACAUGUUUUACAUGCUAUACAUGCUAUACAUGUUUUACAUGCUAUACAUGCUAUACAUGUUUUACAUGCUAUUCAUGCUAUACAUGCUAUACAUGCUUUACAUGCUAUACAGGCUAUACAGGCUAUACAGGCUAUACAGGCUAUACAGGCUAUACAGGCUAUGCAGUCUAUACAGGCUAUACAGGCCAUAUUGACGGUUAUUUCCAAAAUAAAGAAAUUAGUUUUAGCCUAAUGGAUGAAGGUUGGCUUCGAAGUAAUCUGGAAUUAUAAAAUAUUUUUCUGGUUCAGGGGGCUUUUUUGAUCAUCGGUGCCAUGGAGCUGAAUGGUCUGGUCACCUCAAUGUUGUUUAGGCCGCUGAGUAUGCACCUGAGAUUUUUAAGGGGUGACAGGUGAGUCAGGGAUUCCAUACAACGUUUUAGUUGACAAGUUCAAGGACAAUCUCACUUCUAAAAAAUCUCUCAUAAUUUAAAGCACGAGGUCAUGCUAGGUAAAUCAAAACUUAAAGGAAGACAAUACAAAACAACAAAACAAAGGUUGUCGGGAAUAAUUUUCAUCUGUCUAAUCAAACACGAACACUAAACUGAAGAAACUCGCCGGAAGCUCGUCCUAAAUGUAUCAAUCAUCUUCCCUUCAAUGCUAAUAUCAGCAUUUUGUUCAAAUAUUGACUUGCGAAGUAUUAAUUUUGUGUCCCUUACAUCAUAGCUAAUCGAUAAAGAUCAACCAAAACCAAUUUUUUUAUCUUCUUUUAGCAUUAAUCUGAAUAUUAUUUGGUCGAACCGCAUUUGUCUGUAUUAAAAUCUGUUCUCAGCCUCCUGUUUUAAAUAUAAUGUUGUGAUCAUCCCUUUUGUAUCAAUUCCAUUAUUGAUUACCUCAAUUACCGGUACUUAAAUAAUUGAUUCUUCACGUCAUCUUACAGACUAAGGAAACAAAGACUAGCAAAGACACAAGAUGAUAUGGCCUUGACAGGCCUGGUCCAUCGCCAUAUGGACACCAACGUACAAUUAGAUGGUGUUUGCGAUGUUCCAGGAAAAGCGAUAAAUGGAGAGUCGAAACUUGCACCUAGCGACUGCAACAAGAUCAAAGGUCAUCACUACGGGGACCUAGAUGCACAUUAUACAACUUUGACGGAGUUUUCUUUGCUGGAGUGUGAGAAAAAUUGUUCCGAUGGGAGGAUAGACAACUUUAAGAAAGAAACAGCUUCAAGAGAAAUAGUGACUCAGUCAUGUUUUGACAACCAAGGCGUCAGAUCACAAAUUGUCACAGAUACAAAGAUGAGAGCCAAGAAAGACAACUGGCUUAAAGCGUCUAUAGCUAUAUGUUUCCCGAUAGAGCACACCAGGAAAGGGGCAGAUAAAAAGACAAAAACUUUUCACUGGCAUCUGCUCAAAAACAUUCCUUUUUUGAUCUUCUGCAUCAGCAACACUUUCUUUCUAAUGGCCUUUAAAACAGCCUUCACCUUUCUUCCAGCGAUGGCUAUCUCAAAAGGCCUCAGUAAGACAGAGGCAGCGCUGGUACUGACCAUAUCUGGAGCAUUGGAUACGUUUGGAAGAAUGGCUACAGGUAACACAGCACAACUGUCUCUAUCCGUAAUGAUUCUAUGAAACACGUGACUUUGAAUUUUAAGUCUGUAUUUUCAAGUCAACAGAGGUAUACAAAUUCUUUAUAACUUUGACAUUUCUGUCUUCUUCUUGGUAAUGUUGAUAUUUUAAAUAUGAGGUCUGAGAUUUAGGAGCAAGUUAUCAUCCCUUUGGCCCUACAGCCAAUGUAGGGCUUUUUGCCUGUUCGAUCACAUCCUUUCACUCAAAAUUGAUGCUUUUCAUUUCGAUGCUUGGAUUCCCAGCUGCUGUAGUUCCCUCUCCACAUCACCCAUUUAUCUAGCCUAGGUCUGCCUUUGUGAGUUCCAAGUAACUUUAUGUAUAUUUUUGUGUGGAAAGUUGGUACUGCUGAAUGUAAUCCCUUUUAUUGAAAGAAAGUAUAUGAGUCGGAUCCUAUCGUCACUGGAUUCUCUAUGAAGCCUCAACUUGCAAGAAGUUAGGAAAAAAAAAACAUGCUAAAUUUAAAAUAUAUUUAAAAAAACAAUUAUUGAAUAUAGUUACAACAAAAAUUUUAGUUAUGAAUCUUGUUUAUAUUAAAAUUGUAACAAAUCUAAGUAAUAAAAAGCUUGUAACAGAACAUUUGUAUAGACCUAUAGGCAACACAUUUAAUUCAAAACGUCAAAAUUUUUUAUAAAAUAUACAAAUAAUUCAAUUUCAUGUUUUGACAGUUUGCAAUGAUCCUCUUAUCUUUUGCACUAGACGUGAAAUAUUAUUUAUCACUUUCACAAUCAAACGCAAAUUGUAAUUUUAAUUGAUAGAAGACAGUUCAUUAUUUUAUAAUUACAAAUAUAUAUUUAUCAAUUUAAAAAAAAAUGAUUUAUUUAUGGAACAUUUUUUAAAAGAAUAUAUAUAUAUAUAUGUAUAUAUAUAUAUAUAUAUAUAUAUUUAAAAAAAAAAAAAAUAUAUUUAUUAAAUAAUUUAAAAAAAUAUAUAUAUAUAUAUAUAUAUAUAUAUAUAUAUAUAUAUAUAUAUAUAUAUAUAUAUAUAUAUGUGUGUGUGUGUGUGUGUGCAAACAAAAACCCUUGCUGAGUAUAUAUAUAUAUAUAUAUAUAUAUAUAUAUAUAUAUAUAUAUAUAUAUAUAUAUAUAUAUAUAUGUGUGUGUGUGUGUGUGUGCAAACAAAAACCCUUGCUGAGCUUCAAAUCAUUUCAAAAACUGCUGCUGAAUAUUUUAAAAUGAAUUUUUUGCAAGAAAGCUGGAAAUUUAGCAGUAAAACUUUUCAAAUUUAAACAUCAUUGAUUUUUCACAAGGUAUUUUUUUCCUAAUCAAUAUUUUUUGAAUAUAGGUUUUUUAAUGGACAUCCCGGCAUGUCGACCAUUCCGGCCUUACGUCUUCAACCUUCUCUUAUUCUUCAUCGCUGGGGCGUCCUUCUUGGUACCCUCAUUGGACAGUUUCACUUCUUUUUGUGUGGUCAGCUCUGCCUACGGGUUCAUGACCGGUGCAUUCAUUUCCCAGAAGAUGGUGGUGCUGAUUGACAUCUUAGGUAGGGAAGUAAUGCCCAGCUCUUUGGGAAUUAGCAAAGUUUUUCAAGGGAUCGGAACUCUUGUAGGUCCACCAUUUGCAGGUUAGAUGUUUCUUUAAUGUUAUUUUUAAUUUUUAUUUUAUUCAUUAUUUAUUCUGGUGAUGUAUUCUUAUAAAAAUAAAUCUAAAUAACACAUUUGAUCCUUAAUUUUUUUUUUUUGAUAUAGAUAUUUAGAUUAAAUCACUAAAGGGUUAUCUUUCUUAGGUACACUGAGGUAUGCCCUAGGAACAUGUGAUAGCUAAUUAUAUCUACUGUCUUUCUUAGGUGCACUGGGAACAUUUGGUAGCUCAUUAUAUCUACUGUCUUUCCUUGGUGCACUGAGGGAUGCCCUGAGAACAUGUGAUAGCUAUUUAUAUCUACUGUCUUUCUUAGGUGCUCUGAUGGAUGCCCUGAGAAAAUUUGAUAGCUCAUUCUAUUACUCUCUUUCCCAGGUGCACUGGGGGAUGUCCUGGGAACAUUUGAUAGCUUAUUUUAUCUACUGCCUUAUCUAGGUGCACUGAGGGAUACCGUGAGAACAUUUGAUAGCUCAUUCUAUCUACUAUCUUUUCCAGGUGCACUGAGGGAUGCCCUGGGAACAUUUGAUAGCUCAUUCUAUCUGGGGGGCGCCUGCAUGUUGGGAUCAGGCAUCCUCAUGGUCCUCAGUAAUGUGUUACGCAAGAUUCAGAGUAGAAAAGACAUUCGUACAUGACAGAUAUAUGAAUCACUGUUGCCUUUUUGGAAAUAUAAUCAGAAUAGGAUU